AUGUGUGAACCCCAACCUCACUCAUCUCACACCAGUCUCCCCAGUCUCCCCCACCUCCCCCAACCUCGCUCACGUGCCGCUAUCUUCGAUCACUUUUCCCAAACCUCCCUCAUGUCUCCCCAACCUCCACCACCUCUCCCAAGCCUCCCUCAUCUCUCCCCAACCUCCAUCACCUCUCCCAAGCCUCCCUCAUCUCUCUCACCUCUCUCCUCCAUCACCUCUCCCAAGCCUCCCUCAUCUCUCCCCAACCUCCACACCUCUCCCAAGCCUCCCUCAUCUGUCUCCCCUUGCUUCCUUCUCCUCACCCUCCCAGCCUCUCUCUCUUCCUCUCCCUCAGCCUCCCUCAGCUCCCUCAGCCUCCCCAACCUCUUCUCUCUCAGCCUCCCUUCAUCUCUCCCCAGCCUCCCUCACCAUCACCUCACCCCAGCUUCUCUCACCUCACCCCAGCCUCCUCCUCAUCUCCCCCAGCCUCCCCUCACCUCACCCCCAGCUUCUCUCUCCUCUCCCCAGCCUCCCUCAUCUCUCCACAGCCCUCCCUCACCUCCACCCCAGUCUCUCUCACCUCACCCUCCCCAGCCUUCUCUCACCUUACCCUAUCCUCCUCACCCCCUCAUCUCCCCUCCCUCCCCCUCCCCACUCUCCCCAGCCUCCUCACCUCUACACAGCCUCCCUCACCUCUCCCCAGCCUCCCCCUCACCUCUCCCCCCAGCCUCCCACCUCCUCCCCAGCCUCCCCUCCCCUCUACCCCCAGCCUCCCUCAGCUCCUGCCCAACCUCCCCCCGCAUCUCUUCCCAGUCUCCUCAGCUCUCCCCAGUCUCUCACCUCUCCCCACCCUCCCUCAGCCUCCCCCCACCUCUCCCCUCACCUCUCCCAGCCUCCCUCCCUCUCUCUUAG